AUGGCCGUCUUCAAAGGCGGACCUGCCCUUCCCAAGCGAUCCGAGACGACCAUGAGUGCCCCUCCCGCCACCAACACUUCCCCUCCCUCCACACCUGCCAGUCGCACGCAGCGCACCACCGCUGUACUCUCCAACCGACCCAGCAAGCUCAACAACGACGACGUUGACAUGCAGGAUAUGGAUAGUGGUGACGACUACGCCACGUCGACGUUCCGCGGCUCGAGCACUGACGACGAUGGUGACGCAGGCAUCACUACCCCCAUUUCCGACAUUCGUUCCACCUCGCGCAACAACAAUGUUAAGAGGGAGUUGGACGACGCUGACGAUGCUGACGGCGGGCCUGCAAAGACUCGCAAGACGGCUCUGACUGAAGAUGCCGCUCGCGACGUCAAGCCGAUGAAGGCCGAGCCGUCGACUCCGAAGAAAGCUCGCACCAACGCUGCCGCUGGAUCCAGCAAGGAUGGCCCCAAGACUCCGACCAAGAGGCAGACCAGCUCGGCUCCUGCGACCCCUGGACAGGCUGGUGAGUCCCUCAGCAACUGGAACUCUGAUCACUGGGACGAUCUCAACUUUGCCAUCCUCAAAGUCGCCCUUGACCACUCUGCGGAGCUCUACGAAGCCAGCCCUAGCCUCAACCCUUGGAGAUUCAAAGGUCGUCUCCUCGUCAAAGUCCGUCAGCUAAUGAAAGAUGCUACCGGCGGCGAUGUGGCUGGCAAGCGCUGGGACGUCGAGUGCAAGCCUGGUCGAGCCAAGAGCUCGCCGAAGAAGUAA